AGGAUUGGCAGAACACCGGCACUGGCAGGUGAGAACCGGGCGGGCACAGAGACCCUGCGGACGCUGCUGCCAGCCUGCUCCGCUGAAUCUCCGUAGAGACGCCAGUGAAACCAGUGACACCAGCAAACCAUGCCCUGCAGACACGCCGACACCGACUCCUGCCUCUCAUGACUCUAUCCUGCACGGUAGGACCGUAACAUGACGUGAGCAUGGCCAAGCGACCGGGGACCGACGACGGGAGUCUGACUUCGCCGACCGUUGUUCGGGAUUUCAUCGCGGAUUUAAACCCAGGCGCGGACGUCAACAUGGACAUGGGCGAUGGAGCCGAGGACGUUUCCCUGGAGGAGAUCCUGAGCCUGUACAGCCAGCCCAUCAACGAGGAGCAGGCGUGGGCCGUGUGCUACCAGUGCUGCCGGACUCUGGCGCAGAAACACCGCAGGAGAGCGUCCAAGUCUGCGGGAGCCUCGGCAGCCGAGUACCCGCGGAGGAUCGAGGGACCCGGGGAUGUGAGGAUCGGGAGGGAUGGAGCCGUUAAGCUCCACUUUGAAAACGCCACAGAUAAAUACCAAUCAGCCCCCUCAUCAUUAGAGGUUAUCGAGUCGCUGGGAAUCAUGAUCUACAAAGCUUUGGAUUAUGGCCUGAAAGAGAACGAAGAGCGUGAGCUCAGCCCCCCGCUGGAGCGCCUGAUCGACAUGAUGACCAACAACGAAGAAAAGGACUGUGACCCUUGUCCUGAUGAGGGCUAUGAGGCAACAGAGGAAGAGGAUGAAUGUGAGGAGGAGGAGGGGGAGGAGAAGCUGGCCUCCGUUACCUCUGCUGGAACAAUCAGCAGCAUCCAGAGCUACCGGGACAUUAUCACGAUAUGCUCUUCCCACCUGCCCAGCCCGUCAGACGCCCCCAACCAUUACCGAGCCGUGUGCCGGGCUCUCUAUGCCGAGAGCAGGGAGCUCCGUACCUUCCUGGAGAAGAUCAAGAAUGCCAAAGAGAACCUUCGAAAAAUGGAAGGUGAGACUCGGGGGGAACCCGUUAAAGACCUCGAUGAACUGCAAAAUGCAGAUUGGGCCCGCUUCUGGGUCCAGGUCAUGCGUGAUCUACGACAUGGUGUAAAGCUGAAGAAGGUCCAGGAGCGUCAGUACAACCUCCUGCCCAUCGAGUACCAGCUCACGCCGUACGAGAUGCUGAUGGACGACAUUCGCUCCAAGCGUUACAAGCUGCGGAAAGUCAUGGUGAAUGGUGACAUCCCUCCACGGUUAAAGAAGAGUGCACAUGAGAUUAUUCUUGACUUCAUCAGAUCUCGACCUCCGCUAAACCCUGUGUCGGCCCGUAAGCUGAAACCACACCCUGCACGUCCCCGGAGUCUCCACGAGCGACUGCUAGAGGGCAUCAAAGCGGAAAGGAAGCUCAGGCCCGUUUCACCAGACAUGAUUCGCAGGCAUCGGCUGGUCAUGCGGCCUAUAAGCAUGUCUUACAGUUUUGACUCAUCAGGUGCAGGGAAAAGCUUCAGCACGCCACAGGACUUAUUCCGCAGUUCAGACACCCCUGAUGCACAGAGGAAGUUGGCUGGAAGCACCCAGUCUCUGUCCGGCGGAGCCGCGGGACCCGGUCAAGCAUCGCAGCCGCUCAGCCAGAGGAAGAGGCUGCUGAAGGCGCCCACUCUCGCCGAGCUGGACAGCUCCGAGUCUGAAGAGGAGCCCACACGGAGCAGCUCCAGUAUGUCCACGUCUUUGAUGGAGGACACGUCUCCUGAGCCUGCCGUGGGGAAAAAGGCUGCUCCAAACUUCAUGCCCGUCUCCGCCACCCCGCAACCAGAUAAGCGCCAGUCCCAACAGAGGCGGCACUCUAUCGAGAAGGAGACCCCCACCUUCGUACGGCCGUUUGUGGUACCAUCCAGACAGACCUCCAGGUCUUUGCUGACGGGGAACCCCAGCGGCAAGGUGGAAACAGCCAGCGGUGCUCAGGGCCCGGAGGAGUUCUGUUAUCCAGUGGAGUGUCUGACUCUCACCGUGGAGGAGGUCAUGCACAUCCGACAGGUUCUGGUCAAGGCCGAGCUGGAGAAGUUUCAGCAAUACAAAGAAAUCUACAACGCUCUCAAGAAAGGAAAGCUUUGCUUUUCCUGUCGGACCAAAAGGUUCUCCUUCUUUACCUGGUCCUACACCUGCCAGUUCUGCAAAAGGCCGGUGUGCUCCCAGUGCUCUAAAAAGAUGCGGCUGCCCUCUAAGCCCUACUCCACCCUGCCCAUCUACUCGCUGGGCGCCAGCGCCGCGUCCAGAGAAGACGCCGCUGCGGAGGCGGCCCUGGCCGAGGCGGAGAAGCAAGCUGCUGUUUCAGGACACAGCCGGCACAGCCUGCGCAGAAGUGUUUACAAGUUGUCCAAGCACAGUAGCAGCAAGGAAGGACGCUCACAGGACGAGCUGGCGCUGCCCAAAGAGCUGACGGAGGACUGGUCCACUAUGGAGGUCUGUGUAGACUGCAAAAAGUUCAUCACGGAGAUCAUCUGCUCCAGCAAGCGCAGCCUGAACGUGGCCACCAAGCGAGCCCGUCUCAACCGCAACCGCAAAACCCAGUCCUUCUACGUGUCCAGCUCGUCCAGCUCCAUCAACUUCAGGCCUGUGGAGCGCACCAUCAAAGAGGUGUAAAAAAAACAUUCAACGCCGUUAGAUCACCAGUCCAUCUCACCCUAAAGUUAGAAAACAGUGCCCCUCUCAGGAAGAUUUACAAUCAUUGGUCUGAGCUUGACGAGACUCUGGUAACUGCCCGGUGAUGAAUUGACAGUGGUUUUCCUGUCAGUAGCAGCGUUAAUUCAGGGUACAUUGGAUAAAAUAAGCUGAGUCACAAUUGUGAUGUUUGUUUGACAUUACUGUCUGAUCAAACGAUAAAGAAAGCCAAAAGUAUCAGUAAUAUCAUGUAAAUAGUGCAAAGACCCAAUCAAUGUCAAAUAUCAAUACAUUUUCCAGCUCCUGUUUACUUACAGCACUCAGGAAAGAAAAAAAACUGAUUGUCCUUCGACAGAAAUGCACUGUAGAGCCUCUCGUCAGGUCUGCUGUCGUAGAUCUCUGCCUGUCUCCGGUCCUUUCUUAUCCUUCCAGCAACAUUUGUGCCAAAUGAUGCAUCUAUAACUUCUUCUCAGAUUAAAUGUGUCUUUGCUGUGAUCUUCCGUUGCUAAGACACGUCGAGAGGUUAUGGUCGAAUUGCUUCUCAGCGUGGAUUUUAGAUUAUUAUUAUUAUUAUUAUUAUUAAUAUUAUUAUUAUUAUUAUUAUUAUUUUGAAUAAAAUGUAUAUUCAGUUCUGUGCCUGAUGCCAAAAUGUAAUUUCUUUCUCUGAAUGCCUUUUGUAGUUACAGACACGUUGUACAUAUGUGUGAUAAAGUGAAUCGGGGAAGUUUUCAUGUAAUUUAAGUUUUGGUUUCUUGCCUCUCUGUGCUCAAAAGAGGCAGCAGAUGUGUACAUGCUGUAAAUGUUAACUGUUCCAAAAAUGACAUUUAAUAUAAAAAAAAAAAACUGAACUCAGUCAAAGUAAGAUUUACAAGAGUUACAAAUUUUGGUUUAUAAUUAAUGUUUGUCAGUUUAUUUCUGUUGUAUAGUUUAUAAACUCCUCAGUGUUAACGCCCCUCGAAAUCACAAAUAGCACUUUUUUUCAACUUUUUUUUUUUUUUUUUUAAUUGAUGAUAAUAAAAAUAAAUAAAGUCUUUGUUUUUUGGGGCCAUGUUCCAGGGUUCCUUGCAGUUUAAAAUGUGUUAAUGGCUGCCGCUUGUUCCAAAAUGAUCAUUAAAAAAACAA